AUGGAGUCUGCUUUAAUUUUGCCUCCUUACACCGCCGCUGUCAAAAUCAGUGGAAUCUUCAAGGGCCGGAAACAAUUGCUUGGGGGCCAGGUCACACCCUCCAAUCAGAAGUUAGCAACCCUUGGCUUAGAUGUUAAGCCCAGGAAAGGGCACCCAGAAAGUCAAUGGUUGAUCCCCAACUACUCGCUCUUUGUGUCUGUUUCAGAUGCCGUUGGCUGCGUUGACCCCGAAGAAUGUUCCCGAGUCUGUGGGUCCGAGGUGGGCUGCUCCAACAUUGCUUACCCCAAACUGGUGAUUGAGCUCAUGCCCAGUGGUCUGCGAGGGUUAAUGAUCGCCGUCAUGAUGGCUGCUCUGAUGUCAUCCCUAACCUCCAUCUUCAACAGCAGCAGCACUCUCUUCACCAUGGACAUCUGGCAGAAGGUCCGGAAGGAGCCCAGCGAGAAAGAGCUGCUUCUUGUUGGAAGGAUAGUCACUAUCGUCCUAGUCGCUGUCAGCGUGGUUUGGAUCCCAAUCUUGCAGAGCUCCAACAGCGGCCAGCUCUAUAUCUACAUCCAAUCUGUCACUAGCUACCUUGCCCCGCCGGUUACGGCUGUCUUCCUCUUGGCCGUUUUCUGGAAGCGAGCCAAUGAACAGCCAGACCACUCACCCCCUCUGACGCUGGGCUUGCCUUGCCCUGCUGUGCCUGCGAGCGAGCAAAGGCCUUGA